CCCGUCGUGAGCCAUAGUUAAUAUGGAUGCUGGAAGAUUGACGCUGUUUGAAGACGAAUGUUCGUAUGUAGGAGGUAUGUGAAGAUGACAUACGUAUUACUUGCUAGGAGUAGGUAUGUGGCCACUCACCCCAAUAUAUAUGAUUACUACGCUAUUAUGGGAUAAAAACCCCUCGCGCCACAUGAUAAGUACCUACCUAGGUACAAGAUGAAAAAAAAAAAAAAAAGCAAUACGUAAGAUAUUUUCUACAACCAGGUUUUAAGUCUACAAUCAAUGAAGAUUCGGAAAUGGUAAAAAUCGAAGAGUACAGGCCCGGGUAUCCUCGAUACACCGCACUCCUCUCAUCCUAUCCCUCCUGGUUCAUAUUUCGUCGCUUCGACAAACUGCGAGCUCGACUCCUCCUGCUAAAGCAGGAUAGAUUGUCCCGCCUCGAACAACAGUUAGAACAGAUCGAUCAACAGGAAACCUCGCCUCUUUUUCUUGGAGUGAGUCGAUGCGAUAGAAAUGCUGACCGGUUAUCUACCCUGUCCGAAAUUGAAGCAGCCCUAAUCGACUAUGAUCAACUAAUCGAGCACACCAACCGGAUACUGAACCUACAAUUGACCGAACGAAGAGAUAUAGAGAGCCUACAAAACUGGGUGGACGCGACCGGUUGCUUAUCCAAGGACGAGACAGCAUACCUCUCUUACCCAAAUGAACUAGUCUGUCUAGUCCCUGUGUUGGACAGUGUGGCUAGACAAUUCGAGACGUGGGUGGAAGAUAAACUCGUUCGAUAUUUACAUUGUUUCCGAAGAAACCGAUUUCACGAUCUCUCUAGUGAUCCGAAUGUAUACAUUUAUACAGGCCUUCUGAUCCGACGCACCGCAAAGGCUUUAUUGGUCGUCCUAACUACCCUUCUCCUGAUGCUUCCAGUUGUAAUAUGCAAUGUUAUCAGCAUUAUCUCGGUCCGGAUUACUGUCAUCGUGCUGGCAACAGUCUCGUAUCUCCUUAUACUUUCUUAUUUAGUGAAGUCGAGGACGAUGGAGUUAAUUCUCGGAGGGGCUACGUACGCUACUAUUCUUAUUGUAUUUGUGUCGGGUACGACAUAAAUGCAUAACUACUAAACAAGAUUAAGAAAUUUCCAACUAUUUCAAUAGUAUUGCAUUUCAAUAGUAUUGCAUUUCAAUAAUAUUGCAUUUCAAUAGUAUUGCAUUUCAAUAGUAUUGCAUUUUAA